AUGGAGGAGGAGGAGCAGGAGCAGGAGCAGGAGGAAGAGGAGGGGGCCGAGGCGGUCGCGAACUACAGGUUCUCGGGGCGGGACAGCCUCAUUUUCUUAGUGGAUGGCACCAAGGCCAUGUUUGAGUCCGACGAGAACGGAGUGACGCCCUUUGACAUGACCAUCCAGUGCAUCCGGAAUGUGUAUACCAGCAAAAUUAUUAGUAGUGACAGGGAUCUGUUAAGUGUUGUGUUCUAUGGUACAGAAAAGAACAAGAACUCAGCAGAUUUCAAGCACAUCUAUGUUCUUCAGGAGCUGGACAAUCCAGGUGCAAAGCGUGUUCUAGAGCUGGACCAAUACAGGGGAGAUGAAGGACAUGCACUUUUCCGUGAGACUUUUGGCCACAAUGCUGACUAUUCACUGGGCGAAGCACUCUGGGCCUGCUCUAAUCUCUUCAGUGAUGUUCGAGUCAGACUGAGCCACAAAAGGAUCAUGCUCUUCACCAAUGAGGAUGACCCUCAUGCCAAUGACAGUGCUAAAGCCAAGCUGGCCAGGACCAGAGCUGGUGAUCUCAGAGACACAGGUAUCAUCCUGGAUUUGAUGCACUUGAAGAAGCCUGGAGGGUUCGAUAUUUCUUUGUUCUACAGGGAUAUCAUAAACACAGCAGAGGAUGAGGACCUUGGGAUUCAACCUGAGGAGUCAGGGAAACUGGAACAUCUCAUGAAGAAAGUACGAGCAAAGGAGACAAAGAAACGGACUUUAGUCAGGUUAAAUCUGUAUCUGAACAAAGAUCUGUCGCUUUCUGUUGGUGUUUACAACCUUCUUCAAAAAGCUUAUAAGCCGUAUCCAGUGAAGCUUUAUCGGGAAACUAAUGAACCGGUUAAAACAAAAACAAGGAUGUUUAAUGGAAAAACAGGCAGCUUGCUCCUGCCUAGUGACACAAAAAGGGCUCAGGUGUAUGGAAACCGCCAGAUUGUUUUGGAAAAAGAGGAAACAGAAGAAAUAAAACGUUUUGAUUCUCCAGGCUUGUUUCUGAUUGGCUUCAAACCACUCUCAAUGCUAAAACAGCACCACCAUAUCAAGCCCUCCCAGUUCAUGUAUCCUGAGGAGUCCCUAAUAAGUGGGAGUACAACGCUAUUUAACGCAUUAUUGAUGAAAUGCUUGGAGAAGGAAGUGAUGGCACUGUGCAGAUACACCGCCCGCCGGAACACUCCCCCUCGCAUCGUGGCCCUGGUCCCCCAGGAGGAAGAGGUGGAUGAGCAGAAAGUGCAGAUAGCCCCUCCAGGUUUCCACAUCAUUUUCCUACCAUACGCAGAUGACAAACGGAAUGUUGAUUUUACAGAAAAGGUUCCAGCCAGUCAAGAGCAGGUAGACAAAAUGAAGGAAAUAAUUCAAAAACUCCGAUUCAAAUACAGGCCUGACAGCUUUGAGAACCCAGUAUUGCAGCAGCACUUCAGGAAUCUGGAGGCUUUGGCGCUGGAUAUGGUGGAACCAGAACAAGCUGAAGAUCUUACAAUGCCAAAGGCUGAAGAGAUGAACCGCAGGCUGGGCAACCUGGUGGAGGAGUUUAAGCAGCUGGUUUAUCCCCCUGACUACAAUCCCGAUGGGAAGGCUGUAAAGCGAAAACAAGCUUCUGAUGGUCAAACUGAGAAGAAGCCCAAGAUAGAAAUCUCCAAAGAUGAGCUGCAGAGCCACGUGCAGAAGGGGACCCUAGGCAAGCUCACUGUACCUGUUCUGAAGGACGCAUGCAGGCUUUAUGGGCUGAAGGGUGGGGGGAAGAAGCAGGAGCUCAUGGACGCGCUGACUGAAUACUUUAAUGAGCACUAAAAAGGAGCAGAAGGCCCUGGUUGACUUCCAUCUGCUUAAAGUUUGGUUGUCUUAUGUGGAUGCUGUGUCUGUUUAAUCUUGCUACUGAGGAGCAGGCAACUAAAUGUUGCUGAAUCUAGCAGUGGAGAAAAUUUUUACUCUUAGUUGUGAAACAUCUCUGCAAAGUUGGAUUCUGUUCAUAGUAGCCAAAAGCAGAGUUAAAUUCCCUGCUAACUCAGGUCACCUGCUGCAAGUAAACACAGUUGUGCCUUCCUGGUUUCUUAAUAAAAGUUAUUUUGGACUUCAUACGUUGC